CUGUAGAUAGAGAAGACACACAUCUAUGCAUACUCUCAAAAGAAAUGAAAGUGGAAGAAGACUCGUUAGCACAAGAACUCAGUACUUACAAUUGCAUUAUGUCAAAGAAGAGGAAAUUUCAAGAACAGGGUUCCACAGCUCCAGUCAACAAAAGAAAGUCACUGCUAAUGAAACCCCAGCACUAUAACCCUAGUGAAGACCUUGAUGAAGACAGCGAGGAUAAGUCUGAGUUUGUUAGCUUUAAAUUCACUAAGAAGAAAUGCUGUACUACUACAGGUACAAUUAUUGUGCAGUCAACUGGUGUGACCACCCAUACAACCGAGGCAAAGACCUGUUAUCAGAAUCUUAUCACUGAUCCAUCAUUGCUGGGAAGGACAGUAAAAGAGACACUGACAGAUAACCAUACAGGAAGUGUUAUUAAAUCAACUAAAACAAAUAUAGAAAGUCUUGAAGAAAGUUAUGGAAUGCAGUUAUCCAAGCAAAAUGACUCUCCACCAUUUUCACCUGAAGACAAUAACCGCAGCACUGACAUAUCUGAAAAUGGGUGGGACAGUUCUUCCAGUUACUCAGAGCUCAAUGCACAGGACCAUGCAAAGGACACAUUCAGUCAUGUCAAUAAGCACAAGGGAGAAAUGAACAUUAAACAUGAGAAACUAUCAGAAACUGAAAGCAACUCAUCAAUAGAUCUAUCAGAGCCUGACAUCACCAGUCACCAGCAGAUCACCAAGAGUGACGACGAUGAUAAAUGUCUCUCGAUUAUUACAGAAGAAUCUGUGGAUUUGGAUAAAACAAAAGGAAACUUGAGUCUGCUUGAGCAAGCAAUAACUAUAGAAGCAGAACAAGGACACAUGUUUCACAGCACUUACAAAGAACUGGACAUGUUUCUCCUGGAGCAUCUAGCAAGAGAAAGAAGACAGACAAAAGUUAUUGAUGUAGCAGGGCGACAAAUAUAUUGCAACAAAAGUUCUCUACGCUCUGAUAAACGUGAAACCAAAUGCCCUAUCCCAGGCUGUGAUGGCACAGGUCAUGUGACUGGACUCUACCCACAUCAUCGUAGUUUAUCUGGGUGUCCUCAUAAAGUUCGAGUGCCUUUAGAAAUUUUGGCCAUGCAUGAAAACGUAUUAAAGUGUCCAACACCAGGAUGUACAGGAAGAGGACAUGUGAACAGUAAUCGUAACACUCACAGAAGUCUUUCAGGUUGUCCAAUUGCUGCAGCAGAAAAGCUUUCGAAAACACAAGAAAAACAUUAUUCCCCUGGUGCAAACCUUGAAUCCAUUCAUAGAGCAACAUGUGUGAAACAUCUUGAAGUAACACAAUUCAGUUAUCGGACUGCACCAGUUACUACAACACGAGCAACAAUAAUUAAAGAACAUGAUAGAUUUGGGAAGGUUCCAUUUGAUUAUGCCAGUUUUGAUGCUCAAGUUUUUGGGAAACAUACUAUUGCAACAGUUGUUCGAAGCCAAGAGACAACUAAUGGUGAUGCAAAACAAUUUACAAGUCCAGUAAAAUCUUCCAACCGACUGCCUAGCGCCCACACACAGAGUCCCUGCCAUGCCAGCUCUUACAGCUAUGGUCAGUGUAGUGAAGACACCCACAUAGCAGCAGCUGCUGCCAUCCUCAACCUUUCCACCCGCUGCAGGGAAGCAGCAGCAGAGAUCCUGUCCAACAAACCAUUGGGUCUGUCUGCCAAGGCUGCGGAGAUUGAAGUUGAUGAAAAUGGAACUUUGGACUUGAGUAUGAAGAAGAAUCGGCUAAAUGACAAGACUAGCAGUUUAGGUGCUUGUAGUCCUAUCAUAACAGCAACAUCUUCUUCUCCAUUCAAAACUAGUAGCCUGUUGGUCAAUGCUGCCUUUUACAAAGCUCUCUGUGAAAAAGAAGGUUGGGAUGCACCAAUUAACUACAGUAAAGUUCAUGGGACAAGUGAAGAGGACAUUGAGCUUGAUCCUGGAAGCUGUUCGGAAAACACAGAUGAAACAAAAUACUCUGGAGAUGCUACAAUGACCGGCCCUAAAGCAAAGUUUCAUGCAAGGGAUAUGAAGAAGGAGCUCAUCACUUGUCCAACCCCGGGAUGUGAUGGUAGUGGUCAUGUAACAGGAAACUAUGCUUCUCAUCGCAGUGUUUCUGGCUGUCCACUGGCUGAUAAAACCCUGAAGUCUCUAAUGGCUGCAAACUCCCAGGAACUCAAGUGUCCGACACCAGGCUGUGAUGGAUCUGGACAUGUUACUGGAAAUUAUGCAUCUCAUAGAAGUUUAUCAGGGUGUCCAAGAGCCAGAAAAAGUGGGGUCAAGGCAUUUCCAAGCAAAGAAGAUAAAGAAGACCCAGAACUUAAGUGUCCAGUUUCAGGCUGUGAGGGCCAGGGACAUAUAUCUGGCAAAUACACAUCCCAUCGAAGUGCUUCUGGUUGCCCCUUGGCUGCAAAAAGGCAGAAGGACAGCUCUUUGAAUGGUGCAGCACUGGCCUGGAAACAGAAUAAGCAGGAGUUGCCACAUUGUCCACUUCCAGGCUGCAAUGGACUGGGCCAUGUCAAUAAUGUUUUUGUCACUCACCGAAGUUUAUCUGGAUGCCCUUUAAAUGCACAAUCCAUAAAAAAGGGAAAAACAUCAGAGGAACUAAUGAGUGUAAAGCUGAAGACAAGCGGAGCAGGCAUAGAGAAUGGGGAUGAUAUCAGGAAUUUAGAUGAAGAGAUCAAAGAACUGAAUGAAUCAAAUUUGAAGAUAGAAGCUGAUAUGAUGAAACUUCAAACCCAGAUCUCUUCAAUGGAGACAAAUCUGAAAACAAUAGAGGAGGAGAACAAACUCAUAGAGCAGAACAAUGAAAGUCUUUUGAAGGAGUUGGCUGGUCUGAGCCAAGCCCUUAUCUCAAGUCUUGCCGAUAUACAGCUUCCACAAAUGGAACCAAUCAGUGAACAUAAUUUUGAGGCCUAUGUAAAUACUCUCACUGAGAUGUACAGCAAUAUGGAGCAGGACUAUUCCCCAGAAUGCAAAGCGCUCUUGGAAAAUAUAAAGCAGGCAGUGAAGGGUAUUCAUGUAUAGUAUGCAAAAAGCUGCUGGGCACUGCAAUAUAACUGAAAAGAAAAGUCCAUCGGUAUCUUGCUAAAGUACGUCUACCAACACAAUGAAAAUUAUGGAUUGAUGUACUCCAAAACUGCACUAUUUUCUUUCCCAGCAGUCAUAAAUCAAAAACUAAAAUAAGUGACUGUUUAAAUGAACAGCAUCACACUUAAGAGUGUAUUCCAAUGUACUUAUUUCAGCUCAUUUUUUUCUCUAUUGCACUCUUUUUUGUAUAGUGAAUGUAAAAAGGUGUUUGCAACUAUUUUUUAUAAAUUGUAUUUAUUUCAGUUCAAAAAGACGUUUUGUUCAUAACUUUUGAUGAAUUUUUUAUUUGAUUAGGAUUACCAUAUUUUUACAAAUAUCUUUUUUUCCUGAGUUAUUUUAUGAGUGGAUUUUAAACAGAUUUAAGGAUUGGUGAUUCUGUAAAUAACAAUGGAAAAAUCUAAAAUGAAAAGACAUGUUACUACAGAAAAAAAAAUGAGGUGAAGGUCAUUAUUAUAUUUUUGGUACUAUCGACUGUAUCCCUUAAAUCCUUAAUAUCAGUUUUAAAAGUAGCAUUGCUGCACCAUGAGAUCAGCGAUAAAAAAUGACAGAUAGCCACCAAUAUAAAGAUUUUUUUAUUUAAUGUUUUUGUUUAUUUUAGAUUAAUGCUAGCAAUAAUAAUUAGUAGCAUAUAAAUUAAUGUUGUUUAUUGUAAUAUAUAUUAUUUAUUUGUGUCAUAAACACUGGAUUUCUUGCUAGCACUUGAAUAAUUCAUAAAUGAUACCUCAUGGCCUUUAGCAUAUAGAAAAUUAAGACAUAUAACACUACCGUUUUUGUUUCUAGGAUUUUUAUGCUUUACUGGCAUGUUUUCUUAAAAAUAUAAAAGUUAAGUCUUCUUCCACAUACUGGGGCAAUCUAAUCUUAAUCCUUUAGAGCUCAAUAUUGUAAUAUGACUUAUUUUUACAGGUUAUAUAUUGUAGUUUAUUUGUGCAAAUCCAACUGUUUUCUCAUUACCAUAAUUUUCUUAGAUUGUAAAUAAGGGCUGGUGUAUAUGAGCUUCUCUCCCUUGCUUCUUUUAUGUUUAUGCCUGAUUACCACAGGAGUGAUGGAAGAGAGAGUAGGUUCUGCUAUGGGAAUUGACAUAUUUCUGCAGAAACAGUUGUUGAAAAAAAAAACAGAUAUCAAGGACAGAUAUUGGGAUAUUGGGGCUUGGAUAAAUCUAAAAUAUAUCUAACAUACUCAGAAAAAAAUGAACAUUUGUUUUGGCUGUAGUUGUACAACAUUUAUUUUAAUAAAUCCUUUCUAUAAAAGGCAACUGUUAAACCGUUAUACAGUCAUAAGAUACAACACCAGCAGCCAACCUUUUUUUAAAUAUCUAGACAUGUUUUGAAGGCACGUGUACAUUUCAACAAAUAAUGGGGUGUUAUGUUCAGGUGAUUUUAAAUGCACUAUUGACACUUGGUGAUGGCUGAAUGGAAAUAUCCAAGUUGUCUGAACAACUAUGUCCAAGUAUUUUAUUCUGAGACACAUGAAGAUUUGGGACUAUUUCUUGUAAAAUGACCCACCAAUUGUUGGUGUGCCUCUUGGGAGAAAAAUAAAGAUUUUAGGAGGACAAUCUGCUAAUUGAUAAAAUAAUCCAGCCCAGAUAACACCUAUUUCUCUUGAAUGAUAUCAACUAAGGAUAUCGGUUGAGGUUUGUAGAAGUCAUAGGUAUCCCAGUUGUUGCCUGUUUUUUUUUUCAAUGUUAUUGCCAUUAGAUGAUGAAAAUGUAAAGAUUAUAAACAACUGUAGUUUGAUCCCACCUUUCUUUGACAAUAACAUUGGCUAUGUGGCAUUUGGACAUGGGUUUCCCAUUUUUACUAAGUGCCAACAACAAAGGUCCAUUUGCUAUUGAUUAGAGACACAUCAUUUUGCCACUGUUCUGCUCCCCAAAGAUGUACAGAUAGUACAAUCUUGCAAGUUAAAAAAAAUAGAUUUCCACAUCCUAAUUUAGGAUGACCAGGUUGCUUUAGAAAAAUCGACUUUCUCUUCUAUUUCUUAUGCCAAUAUGCCAAGUUCAUGAGGGCACACUAUUACUGAUCACAUAAUUGUGUACAAAUACUAAAUUUAUAGAAACUAGGACAGUUAAAUAUGCUUAUAGUGCUUUCCCGUGUAUUUUUUUCACAUACUAUAUUUUUGCAAGAUGAUGUAAAAUACCAGCUAAACUGCCUUGUGUAUGCACUUUUGUUGUGCAUAUGUGCCUCAGUAUAAACGAGUUAGUUCAACAUGUGUUUGUUUAAUACUAAAAGUACUUCAGGUUAUCUCAUUUUGAUUGGUGCCCUUGUUUUUUUGGAAUUGGAAAGGUCAAUUACUAUUAAAAUCAACAACCAUCAACUCAACAGGGCAGCAAACAUGUGUUACAAAUGUUACAUAUCUGCCAUGAUCCCUGGAUGAAGAAGAACCUAUUAAUAAAAUGCACAAUUUGUGCCACUUUUAUAGUAAUCACUGUUUAGACGUAGAAAUAUGAAGAUUACUUUACAGUUUAAAAAAUGUGCCAUGUUAUAAUAGUGAAACAUUUUACAAGUUUGAUUUAGCAAGACAUUAUAAAUUAUUCAAAACAAUAUUUAAGGAAAUAUUCUAAAAUGUAUUCAUGAUAAAUAUUUCAAAACUUAAUUUCCAACCACUUCCCUGAUAAUUAAGUUGGCAUAAAAACCAACUACAAAAUGGAAUUCAAGACCAUCAUAUUCACUCUUCAGCUUGGAGUGGUGUAUUAAAAUGCAAGCAUGUCUCUCUUUUUUAAUUUGGUACUAACAAAUUAAUUUGUCAAGUAUCUCCCAAAAGCAGAAAGUCUCCUUGCAAUAAAGCAUUGCUUUGAGAAGUUUCAAUCUUCUGGCUCAAGUUGAAAAUCUAUUUCUGACUACCGGGUAAAAAGUAGCUCAGAAAAAAAGUUUACUUUUCAGUUAGGGAUAGGUAAAGGAAAUGUAAACAGUGCUGUAGCUAAGUCAAAUGCAUUUUUUUUAAAGUGCAUACAUGGUACAGUUAUUGAUUUUGAGUGCAAUGAUUAUUACAUUUGUUUCACGUGUUGGUAAAGGUGGUUCUUCAUUCUUUCAUUCCCAACAGGUCUUGAUUUUUACUGAUCCCUUGGAGAUAGUGACCUUCCUGUACAUUCAUUUAGAAGCCUUUAAUUUAUUUUUUGGGGAAUAAAAGUUUUAGAAGUAGACUGUCUGCAUUGGUGUUUGAAUUACCAUUACACAAUGGAAAAUAAUAGGGCACUUAGUAAAAAGUUUUUUGCCUGGCUGCAAGACUAAUUAACAUAUUCUAACACGUAUACCCAUAAGCAAUAUUAUGUGCUAUUGUAUUUUUUUUUUACAAUUGGUCAUAUUAAAAAAUCUGGUAUUGACAAUGAGCAAGUUUGGUCAUCUGUAGGAGAAUCUCCUAAUGUGGGUGAGACUCAGUAGCAUAUAAACAGGCGAUAACUAUUCUUUGAGAUAAGAUGCAUUAAAAGUCAAUGCAUUGCUAAUUACUGUUUUAAUCACUUCAUAAAUUAUAUUUAAAGUGUUUUGUAUGUGCCAUGGAUAUCCAUCAAUAAAAAGGGCUCAGCUACACAGAUUUGUACUCACUUAACAGCAUGAGAUUACCCCUUUUUGAAAACUGCCUUAUAUAAACCACAAUGCCAUCAAUAAGUUAAUUAGUUAAAAAUAUCUAGUGUAUCUGAGCCCUAAUGUCAUUUCAUGGUGCUAGAUCUGUUUUGCACAUUGUGACUCAUUGUGUAGCAUUUUCACAUAGCAAAAAGUAAGGUGAUUUACAAUGCAAUAUGUAGUCCUGAUAAAGAGGGACAUUCGGGGUGCAGGCCUUGUAGAUGGGCCCAAAUUGGCAAUCAAUCAGCUUUGCUUAUUGUCAGGAGAACUGCUUUAUCUGACUUCUGACUAGGGCUUCUGUUGGCUAUGUAGCACGAGACAGACAGGAAUUCUGACCUUGCACCUCAAAGCUUUACUUAGCGAAGUUGCUAGUACAUAAAUGGAAAACAAUUUAUUUAAUAUCACAUAUGUACUCAGUUUGGGCUACAUAUACAAACACUCACAUAUACAGUAGCACUUCUUUGAAAAGGUAGACGGAUAGAAGUGGAGAUGUUUUUAUGAUGUAUUACUUCUCGUGUAAUGUUUCCAAACAUCUCAUUCCAUUGCAAACAUUUUAAAGAAUGUUUGUCUCUAGCCAAGCUUUGAUAUUGAAAAAGUGAUAGAAUUUGCUAGCUACCUAGAUCUAAUAUAUUGACAUUUAAGUCUACAUUAUGUCUACAUACAUACUUUGUAAAGUGAAGGUCAAAUCUAUCAAUCAUAAAAAAUGUCUGCUAUACCCAAGGAGGUAACUAUAGCCAUAGCAACUGAUGCAUUUGCCAUUGGGCCCAGUAGCAGAGGGAGCCAAGUAGACAGAGAAAAAUGCCUCAAAGACCAUUAUUGUCUAGUUGAAAAAUAGCUUAUCCAAGUAGUACCUGGAAGAGAAAUAGGAUUUAUUGAAUGUAUGUAUAUACUAUAGUUCAGGCAACUGUGUCAGAAUGCUUUAAUACAAUUUUAUUACUGUAAUAUUAUUUACAGUAUCAUGACUUUCAUAAUAACCGAAAGACAUGGGCAAUGACGGCCUUAGCUAUAUGUGGCCUAUACUAACGGACAAGAUUUGCUUUUGCCCUGGGACACAAUAUUCAGAUUUUGCUUAGGGCACAAUAUAACUUAAGGCUGAUCCUGGACACAGGUCUCUGUGGUGAAAGGAGGCAGGUCGAAGGGCCACUGAGGUCCUAAGCAGAUUCUGUUGUAAAAAGUGGUGAGUUUAAAAUGCCUGUGGCUAUAUCUCAACAAACCUAACCUAAAAAUCAUAACUGUGGCUGUUCCAUUUUACAAGAGAAGGUUUCUGAGAUCUUGCAUCUACACAAUGGGAGUAUUCAGGGAAGUAAUAGUUACUACAGGAAUCACAGCAAUUGUUAAUAUUUUAUUUACUACAUGUCUAAAUGUGUUUUAUAUUUAAGUUAAGAAAAAUAAAUUUCACUGACCUAUGUAUUUAUUGCUAAGGCUUAAUUAUUAAUUUAUUUCUGAUGCUAAGGGUGUUUGGUAGUAUAUGUUUGUAUUUAUUAAUUUGCUUCUUUUGUAAUUGAUGUGUUUUUUUUUUAUUUACAUUUUUUUCCUAUGUAAUGUGCACUGAUUUUUGUGUUAAAUUGCAUCAGUGAGCAACACUGUAAAUUAGAUUUUUUUUUGUAUGGAGCAAUGUAUGCGACUUUUAUCUGGAGUAGUUUAUAUAUUGUGUCUUCACAAAUUAAUAUUUCUUACAUUCAAAGCAACAAAUUGUGUUUUGUGAUGUACAACUGGUGGAUGUUAGAAAAUAAAGUUGAUUAUAAAACACCAAG